UGCAAAUCGGAUGGCAGCAGGGGCGAUUGUGUCCGCUGACUUGCUGCCGUCCAGACGGAUGUCAUGAGAAUCCUUCCAUCAAUCCGGCCACGCACCCCACAAGAGAAACAAUCGCAGGUUGAUGGUAGACCUCUCCCUCCUACAUCGCUGCCACACUGGCACAUCGGCUGUGUGCAAUCUGACGGCCUAUGCCUAGUAAUGGCCGGCAGAAUAGGUCAGCUGACACACUAACCACCAGGGCUGCCCUUUCCUUUCCGGCGAGAAUUGGAGACGUUACUGGCCGGCGAGAAUUUUGGACAGUAACGUCUCCAAUUCUGACACAAGAAAUUUCAUUUCGGCGUUUGGCAUCAGUUCGUCCGUGUUCUGUUCUCUGCUCUCCCGUAAUCACUUCGUCGCACCAGCUCCACGCCAUCGAGGCACCUCUCCGACCGACUGACGACGGUGGGUGCCCCGAUGAGACCGUCCUACUCCGCCCCCCUCAUGGGAUGUGUGUCCACCGGCUGGGCCCAGCCACAGCAGCGAGAUGGCACGGCCGCCAAGCGACCGAGGACGGAGCGGAGUCGUGGACUUCGCUUUCCCCUCGGCCCGCACGGAGACGCUUAUACAUGGGCUUCCUCACUGAGGCGACAGGCACCACCGUUGACGAAGCGGUAAGUGCAGAUCGAUGCACUCACUCAUUUGGAAGACCUGUGUGGCCCUCAGACCUGUGUGGACGCCAUCAAGCCCGAACAAUACGUCCACGUAGGAUGGAUGAAUGGAUGAGUCACAUGACACCAGCAGAUGGACAAUUGGAUGUGUUUCCCGUGUUGUUGUGUGUGGUCAGCUGCACAGGCUGCGGGAGUUCCUCGAUGGCGACGUCGUGGUACGCACACAGACACCACACACACACACAGAGGGAGAGAUCAGAUGCACAGACUUUUUGUGGUGUGAUGUUGGUUCAGGGGGAGCUGUUGCGGUGCGACCUUCGGGUGCGUUGCGCGGGCCACCCCAGGAUCGUCGGCCAUGGCGGCAACGGCAUCGUCGUCCACUCGGACUACAUCGACGCCGCCGAGGUGCCUGAGGACGCCCCGCAGCUCUGCAUGAAGCUCAUCACGCACGACGAUGAGGGCAACUGGGUACACGCGCCAGACCGCACCACAGCACAGCACCUCGCGUCACGCCUCCAUGGGUGUCUGUUCUGGACGUGUGUGGGUGUAGGUGUAUGAGGGGUUCAUGUUGGUUGAGGAGGCCGCCAUGGCCUGGAAGCAGCAGCAGGUCGACGGAUGGGACAGCGCCACAACCGCCAGCAGCACGAGCCCACCCAGCCGCCCGGCCACCUACACAUUCCCCUCCAGCCCCGACAUGAACACCAAGCUGGCGGACGUGUUUGCAAAGUGGACCGGGUGGCCCAAUUUCGUGCUUCCUUAACAUGCAGCGGACCAUGAUGGUCAUGCCGCUCAUGGAAGGUAUGCCAGUGAGCCACCAGAGAGUCACCGUCAGUCCAGGGCACUUGAUGGUCUCUGGUUUGGUGUGUGCACCAGGGACGUGGGAUAGCGAGGGCGUCCGUGAGGGGCUCACACUGCCGCAGGCGUGUGGGCUCUUUCACACUGCGUUGGAGGGGCUGGGAAAGUUUCAUGAGCGGGGCAUCUCCAUUAAUGACAUCAAGUCGAAUGUAAGCCGACACACGACAUAACCGUACCACUUUUUCUCCCUCUCCGUGUGCGUAUGGGUGCAGGGGGACAACACGGGCUCCUUUCGCGGGAGUGGGGUGUGGUUUGAUUUCGACCAGGCUGUAAGGCACACACACAGCAGCACUUCUCAUAGUGGCGUUGAUGUGUUGCGUGGAUUGAUGGCUGCAGCUGAGGGCAGGGGCCAUAGACGACCGCCGUCGGCUGAUCAUGGAGGGCUCCGAGCAGGGCACUGACCCUUAUCGGAGCCCAGAGGCUGAACUCAAGCAGCUGGGUGAGCUACACGCACAAACACACAUUUACUGUAAUCCAUCCAAUUUGGUGUCGUAUGGACUCUUUCGUCUGUAUCUUUGUCAGGCUGGGCCAUCUGCGACCUCUUGCGGCCCCUCACCGAGACCCAUGAGGACGGCCAACAGGUCCGUACCGCCCAGAAGGCGGGGCGGGCUAAGAUCACCUACUUCAAGGUGGUGGCGCCCCUCAUUGGGCAGCAGCUCCAACUCAAGGACAAGAACGGCAACCCGGUGCCCCAGCUCACGCACCAGCAGAUGGUCAAGUACCUCAAGAAGAGCCGGGUUGCCGUCUCGUCCACCACACCCCCUGCCCAGUGA